AUGACGUGCGAAACCGGCGUGUCCUGCGUGGAGCAGUACAAAGUUCCGGAACCCAAAAAGAUCAUUCAGGAGGUGAGUGAGAAGGAGUACCGUGACAUCGUAGAGCAGCGGCGAUCUGACUGGGUCGUGGGCGACAGCGGCUACGUGGACAACGGCAAGGAGCUGUGGCAGGGCCCCGAAGCUGCCAAACAGCGAGCGCGGGCUGACGAGGCGGAGAGGAAGCUUUUGGCAGAGAUGGAGGCUGACUCUGGCAAGAAGCCCAAGGCCAAGGCCAAGCCCGACUCAGCUCCAUCUCCCCCUUCUGGUCGCGGGGCCUUGCUGGGUGCUCUGCAGAAGGGCGCUGCUGCGGUCUCCAACUUGCGAUCUUCUCCUAACAAGAAGGAGAACAAGGUGGUGGACGACCUGCUUGCCCAAAUGUGCGAGGAGCUGGAGGCGGAGAGUGUGGCCAGCCCGCCAAAGCGCAAGCUUGAGACGCCUCCCGAGCCAGCCUGCAAGCGCCUUGAGACGGUGGAGGAGUUGGCCAAGAUCGAGCAGGCGACCCCGCCCAAAGAGGCCGCGAAGCCGUCGCCGGCGAUGCCGCCGUCGCCGGAGCCCGCUCGCACGGCGGCGCAGGGGUCGCCGCAGCCCACAGCCGGUCCAGGGCAAGGAACCCCCCCACGACAGGAGGCUGAGCCCAAAGAGACCAAGACGGAGCCUUGUGAGAUCAAGCUGGUGAAGCCUGUGGCGGCACCCACAGGGUGUAAGCCUCUUCUCGACGACAAAGGAGGUCUGUGGUUCUUCUUCAUUGACGCCGUGGAAGACGACCGGUCCAGUCCCCCUCGCGUCUACCUCUUCGGGAAAGUCCUGUCAGCUUCGAAGGAGUUCGUUAGCUGCUGCCUGGUGGUCGAGAAGCUCGAGCGAUGCGUUCAUUUGCUCCUGAAAGGGAGCGAGGAUGAUGAGCAAGCGGCCCAGGAAGCGGCCCAAGCGGCAGACGCGGAGUUUGACGCGCUUUGCCAGAAGCACCCAGCUGUGAAGAAGUUGCGCAGCAAGCUGAAGUGGCGGAACUACGCCUUUGAGAAGGCGUUGCAGGAGGGCCUGGGCAACUUGCCAUUCCUGAAGGUUCUGUGCGAUGCCUCGGGGGGUUUGCCACCUUUGGGCCCUGGCACCAACUUCAGCCACGCCUUCGGAGUGCAGACCUCGCUGCUGGAGAGGCUGCUGCUGAGCCGGCGCAUCAUGGGCCCAGGUUGGUACCGUCUGCUGCCUGGGUCGUUUUAUGCGGACCCGGCGCGGCUCUCCUACUGCGGCAUGGAGUUUCGCAUCAACCCUCGCUCCCUGCAGGUGGCGCGCACGGAGAGCGACCGCGCAGAGCUGGCGAAAGCGCCCGCGGGGAGCCCGCCCUUGCGGGUGAUGAGCUGCUGCUUGCAGACCCUCCAGCCUUCGGCGCAGAUGCCCCACGAGGUGCUGGCGGUGGCCUGCACCGCGCAGGCGCUCAGCGUGGACGCGGAGACGCCCAGCGCGCAGGGCCACUGGGCCGCCGUGCGGCGCCUGGAGGGCAGCCCCUUCCCGCGGGACGCGGAGAAGGAUUUGGCAAAAAAAGGCAUCCAGUGCUGCAACAACGAGCUCGCACUCCUCACUGCCUUCAUGGACAAGGUGCAACAGUUCGAUCCAGAUGUGAUCGCAGGUCACAAUGCCUAUGCCUUUGACCUUGACGUCAUGGCAGGGCGCAUGAAUCAGCUCAAAAUUCAGCAGUGGCACAGGUUGGGGCGCUUGCGCCGGAAGGAACGGGUCCCUCGUGCCGAAGGACGUCAAGGUGGCUUCUGGGUGGGCAGCAAACUGGUGGCAGGAAGACUAGUCUGCGACGUCAUGCUGCAGUCGAAGGACCUUUUGCCGAAGAUGGGGUGCUAUGACCUGCCGAACCUCGCUCGGGAGCAGCUGGGGGCGGAGUUGAAGAUCGUGGAGCCAGAGGCAAUCGCCUCGUACUACAGCUCCGCCAGGGACCUGGAGACCUUGGUCCAGCUGAAGCUCCGGGGCGCCGAGCUCGUGGCACAGCUCACCCAGGCGUUGCAGAUCCUGCCCCUCACGCGGCAGCUGACCAACUUGGCUGGGAACUUGUGGAACGCUUCGCUGCAGAACAAGCGCGCUGAGCGCAACGAGCUGCUGCUGUGCCAUGAGUUCCACCGCAAGAAGUUCGUCUUGCCAGACAAGGAGAAUGCCACGCAGAAGAAGAAGCGCAUGCACGAAGGCUUUGGCUUGGAGGAGGACGAGGACGUCCCGGCACAGGGGAAGCGCAAGGCCGCCUACAGCGGCGGGUUGGUGCUGGAGCCCAAGGCUGGCCUCUACGACGACUUCGUGAUGCUGUUAGAUUUCAACAGUCUGUACCCGUCCAUCAUCCAGGAGCACAACAUUUGCUUCACCACGGUGGAUCGGCCCGACGAGAACGAGGUUGCUAAAGCGGCCAACGAGGCCCAGCUUCUGGCGCAGACCCACGCGCCCGACGCCAUGGCGGAAGAGGGCAUCCUGCCUCAGGUGCUGCGGCGCCUGGUGGAUAGCCGGCGCCAGGUCAAGGCAGCCAUCAAGUCCGAGAAGAAUCCGAGGAUUCUGAAGAUCUUGGAGAUUCGGCAGAAGGCGCUGAAGCUCACCGCCAACUCCAUGUACGGCUGCUUGGGCUUCCAGAACAGCCGGUUCUACGCAAAGCCGUUGGCAGCGCUGAUCACGGCCAAAGGCCGAGAGGCCUUGCAGACGACGAUCACGGUUGUGCAGCAGGAGCUGCAGCUGGAUGUGGUGUAUGGAGACACGGACUCCGUCUUCGUGAAUGCGAAGACGCAAGACUAUCAGCAGGCCAUGCAGGUCGGGGAACAGAUCAAGCGCUCCGUGAACAAGAGAUACAAGCGGCUUGAGAUUGAGAUCGACGGAGUGUUUGCCCGUCUGAUGCUGCUCAAGAAGAAGAAGUAUGCCGCGCUCAAGGUUGUCAGCUGGGGUGAGAAGCCCACGUUUGAGACAGAGUUCAAAGGUCUGGACAUUGUGCGGCGCGACUGGUGCAAACUGGCCAAGGAGCUGGGCGAGGCAAUCUUGAAUCGCAUCCUGGACAGGGACUCCAACCAGGAAGAGUCUGUUCACUGGGUGCACCAGUUUCUGAGCGACAAGGCCAAAGAGAUGGACGAAAACCAGGUGCCCCUGGAGAAGUACGUCAUUACCAAGGGCCUGACCAAGGAUCCGAAGGACUACCCGGAUGCCAAGAAUCAGCCACAUGUCCAGGUGGCUUUGAGAAUGAUGUCACGUGGAAAGGCUGUGCGGCCAGGCCAGGAAGUGGAGUACGUGGUUUGCAACCCCUCAGGAGAGGCUGUGAAAGCCUCGCUGGCUGAUCGUGCUCGACAUCCUCAUGAGCUGGAGAUGGACUCGAAUCUGAGCCUGGACGUUGCCUGGUACAAGAAGCAGCAGGUGCACCCGCUGGUGACGAGGCUGCUGGCGGUGGUGGAGGGAACCAGCCCCGGGCGCCUGGCCGAGUGUCUGGGCGCAGGGGUCACUUUCCAGUGGAUGGGCAAGGCUCAAAUGGUGCGGGCGGAAGAUAACGGCGAGGGCAUCGAUUACUGCGCGCAGUCGAUCGGCGCGGACUUGAACGCGAUCUUUGACCGCGGCUUGCGCUUCAAAGGCUUCCCCUCGCUCUUGGAGGGCGUGAGGUGCAAGAAGUGUGGAGAAGCUACGAAGUGGCCGCGGUUCCUGCUUGGCGAGAGUCCCGACUCCAAGGCCGGCAUCCUUUGCUGCGGAUCCUGUCAAAGCGAGGUGCACCCCAAGGUGGCCCAGAACCUGUGGUUGCUUCAGCUGAGGAGACUGGUGAAGGAGCAUGGCGAAGGCUGGGUGCAGCCGUUGGACACGAGCUCCUGCAUAGAGAAGACUCGGCGCCUGAACGGGCCAAAUCUGGUGAGUGAGAAGACGGUGCUCAGAGAGCUGGAGUUCGCGCAGCAUUUGUGCGAAACCGCGCUGCCGUUGCUGGAGGAGGACGUGGUCUCCAAGGACACAGUGGAGCGGAUGAAGAAGGAUGCGGAGAUGUGGCUGGGCUUCAACAGCCGCAACUGGGUGGACUGCGGCCAGAUCUUCGGCAGUAUCUUCGCGGUCUGAUGAUUUUCUGAGAGCAAGCAAUGAGCUCUUCUCCGUGAACGUUUGGGGCUUGCCAGUGGGUUGACAUGCUCAAAAUGCGGCGGUUGCUUCUGUGUUUGUCAUUUGUCCAUGAAUGCGCAGUCUCGGCCGAAUGCGUGGCAUUCGGCCUGGAAGCUGUCUGAUGGCUGGGGCAUCGAUGGCUGGGGUUGUGGGCAGGCGGCGUCUGGGGGCUGGGCGCCGGCCUGGAAUCGACCGGGGCGAUUCCCUGUUUCCCGCGAUGAGCGGAGG